AUGACAAGAAACCAGAGAAUAUUUGUGUUUCUUGUGGUCCUUCCACUUCUAGUGUCUGUGUGCUCGUCGGCGACGCCAAAAGCACCACCACCACCACCAAAGCAAAAUCAGUUGAUGUGGCAUUUCUACAAAGUCACUAACACAUGCCGCGACGCAGAACUUUACAUUCGCCACCAAGUCGAGUUGCUUUGGCACCAAGAUAAAAGCAUCACCCCUAAGCUUCUCCGGUUACUCUACUCCGAUUGCUUCGUAACUGGUUGUGAUGCAUCAGUGCUGCUGGAUGGUCCAAACUCUGAGAAAACUGCACCACAGAAUUUGGGAUUGGGAGGUUUCGUUUUCAUUGACAGGAUCAAACGGGUUCUUGAACAACGCUGCCCCGGUGCCGUCUCGUGUGCUGACCUUCUCAACCUCGCCACCAGGGAUGCUGUUCAUUUGGCAGGUGCACCAUCUUAUCCUGUUCUUACAGGCCGAAGGGACGGGCUAAAAUCAAGCAGAUCAUCAGUCGACCUUCCCUCACCCUCCAUUUCAUGGCAGGCUUCACUUGACUACUUCAAAUCCAGAGGCUUGAAUGUGUUGGAUAUGACUACCCUACUAGGUUCACAUUCAAUGGGUAAAACACAUUGUCGUUUCAUUUUGGAUCGGCUCUACAAUUUUAAUGGCACAAACAAGCCAGACCCAAACAUGGGUCCCUCAUUCUUAUCCUCCAUGAGGAAGCUAUGUCCACCAAGAACAAAAAAGGGACAGAGUGACCCGCUGGUGUACCUAAACCCCCAAUCUGGGCCCAGUUACAGUUUCACAAACUCCUACUACUCCAGAGUUCUAUCCAAGAAAUCUGUGCUGGGAAUCGAUCAGCAGCUAUUGUUAGGUGAAGACACAAAGGAUAUCACCGAUGAGUUUGAUGCUGGUUUAGAAGAUUUUCGGAGGUCAUAUGCAUACUCAAUGAGCAGAAUGGGCUCUAUUAAGGUUCUGACAGGUAAGCAGGGAGAGAUCCGCCGUAAUUGCCGAGUUCGAAACCACUAA